AUGUCCAUAUUUAUCCCUAGUGAAUACGAAUCAGCUGUGGAUGAUCUGCUUUCACAAGCUAAAGAUCUUUACGUUCUUGAACAAGUCGCCAAAAUCAACUGCGCUGGCUUCACGGACGACGACUCUGUUCUUCCCACUAAUCUCGAAACCCGUUUACGUCGUCUUAAGUCUCUUCCGGUUUCUCGACCCAAACCUGUUUCUUCUUCUUCUUCAAGGAAGCUUCUCUCUCACUCCAAGAGCAUGGCAAGUUACGUGGAGAAGAAGAAUCGUGGAAACGUUUCUUCUUUUUCCAAUCUAGCUAGAAACGACUCUUGUCCUUUGGAUUCAUCUGUUGAGGAAACACGGAUUCUUCCGUGUACCAAACUUUAUCCGAGUGUGAAUUCGCGAUUUGAGCUUGGAGAAACCUCAGAUUCUAGAAGAAUCGGUUCGAGUUCAUCGAGUUUUUCUCGUGGAAACGUGUCCUCUGUUUCUGAUCUUUCCAAUUUCUCGAGAGCGUAUUGUCCUCUGGAUUCUGGGAGAAUCGGUUCGAGUUCGUCAAGAAUCUCUCGAGAAGGUAAUAUUUUGACUCCGACGACACAAACCCUAAAACUUCUUCCUAAAGAAACAUCAAGAACCAUCAGUUCACAUUCAUCGACGUCCACUGAUUUAGCUUCACCAUCAUCUGAUCAAGACCAAAAAGAAGGAAUGGACCGGAAGUCGAAAUUGAAAUCGAAGUUUUUGAGUUCAUGGUUUGAUAAGUUAUCUCCAGCAAAAACUAUGAGUUGCUUUAGACGUUCUCAAGACAAAUCAUCACCAAACAGCAAAAAGACAACGGUUAAGGUCUGA